AAGGCGAAGGCGGAGGACGAGAGUGCAUGGAGGAGCCCGAUGAGGAGGAGGGCGAGAUGGCCACCUUCGGGGAGCAGCAGAACGAGGAGGGGCACGCGGCGGUGGCGGCCAAGAGGCGAAUGGAGCGGCCGACCAAGAAGGCCAGGAAGCCAGAGUUCCUCGGCGAGCCCGUCCCCGCCGACGAAGCCUGCGCCAACUGGCCGCAGUGUUACCACUGUGCCUCGCCCAUGAGGUACGCCCUGGAUCCGUCGCCCAUCCGACUCGCCCUGACCCUUCUCCUUCCCGCGCCGGUCGGGCUGAUGUGGACGCGGUUGCGAGCUUGACGUGAGACCAGACGCAAUG